GGUGCGCGGCGCAGGGGCGGCGGCCCCGCAGCCCGCUCGCUCGGCAGGUGGGAGCGGAGCUGGCCGGUCUGCUGGCAGUACGGCGGGGCGGGGAGGGGAAGGGAAGGGAUGGGCUGCGCCCCCAGCAUCCACGUCUCUCAGAGCGGCGUGAUUUACUGCCGCGACUCGGACGAGUCCAAUUCCUCCCACCAGACCACCACCAUCUCGCAGGGCGCCACCACCCUGCACGGCCUCUUCAUCAAGACAGACGCGGCCGACUCCAUCCCCUCCGUCCUCGCCUACCAGAGCCGGCAGCAGCCGCCACCCUCCGCCGGCCCCCGCCGCAAAGAGCGCAGGGAGCCCGGAGCCUCCGCCCGGGCCAGGGCCACCCCCUGCUGCGGCGUCGAGGCGGAGACCCAGACCAGCAACGCCAGCGUCAAGCAGGGUUCAGCGACAGAAGUACAAAUUGGGCCCAUGAGACUGACACAAGAUCCAGUUCAGGUUUUGCUGAUCUUUGCAAAAGAAGACAGCCAGAGUGAUGGUUUCUGGUGGGCUUGUGACAGAGCUGGAUACAGGUGCAAUAUUGCACGUACUCCAGAGUCAGCACUUGAAUGUUUUCUUGAUAAGCACCAGGAAAUAAUUGUUAUAGAUCACAGGAACUCCAGAUGUUUUGAUGCAGAAGAUAUCUGCAGAUCUAUUCGUGCCACAAAACCAUCAGAGCAUACUGUGAUACUUGCUGUGGUUCCACACAUAUCUGCUGACGAAGAAGAAACUUCUGUUCUUCCACUUCUUAAUGCAGGCUUUGAUAGGCAAUUCAAGGAGAAUAGCAGCAUAACUGCUUGUUACAAUGAACUGGUUCAAAUAGAGCAUGGGGAAGUGCGAUCUCAGUUCAAAUUACGGGCUUGUAAUGCAGCGUUUACGGCAUUAGACCACUGUCAGGAAGCCAUUGAAAUAACCAGUGAAGAUCAUGUCAUUCAGUAUGUUAAUCCAGCUUUUGAACGGAUGAUGGGGUAUCCCAAGGGAGAGCUUAUUGGCAAGGAACUUACUGAGCUACCAAAAAGUGAUAAAAACUGUGCAGAUCUCUUAGACAAUAUCAACACAUUUAUUAAAAAAGGAAAGGAAUGGCAAGGAGUUUACUAUGCAAGAAGCAAAACAGGAGACAAUAUCCAACAGCAUGUGAAGAUAACACCUGUGAUUGGUCAAGGAGGGAAAAUAAGACACUUUGUGUCCCUCAAAAGGCUGCAUUGCACCAAUGAAAACAGCAAACAGCUCUACAAGAGUCACCGUGAUGAGAAUUAUACAGGAGACAAUUCUCAGUCAGAAUCCCAUUCCUUCAAAUGCAAGAACAGAAGGAAAGACUCAAUUGAUGUUAAGUCCAUAACAUCUCAAAGUAGUGAUGCAGCUCCAAGUUUACCAACCCGACGGUACUCUUCCAUGGCAAGGAUCCACUCAAUGACAAUAGAAGCUCCUAUUACAAAGGUUAUUAACAUAAUUAAUGCUGCCCAGGAAAACAGCCCCAUCACAGUAGCAGAGGCCUUGGACAGGGUUCUGGAAAUCCUGAGGACAACAGAACUUUACUCCCCUCAGCUAGGUACCAAAGAUGAAGAUCCUCACACAAGUGAUCUUGUUGGAGGUCUGAUGACUGAUGGCUUGAGAAGACUGUCAGGAAAUGAGUAUGUGUUUUCUAAGAAUGUGAACCUGAGCCAUAGUCACCUUUCAGUGCCAAACACCAUCAAUGAUGUUCCGCCCUGUAUUGCACAGCUCUUGGAUAAUGAGGAAAGCUGGGACUUCAAUAUUUUUGAGUUGGAGGCUGUUACAAAUAAAAGGCCAUUAGUGUAUUUGGGCUUAAAGAUUUUUGCCCGGUUUGGGGUUUCUGAGUUUUUAAACUGUUCAGAAGGAACACUGCGAGCGUGGCUGCAAAUGAUUGAAGCUAACUACCACUCCUCCAACUCAUACCACAACUCCACGCAUGCAGCAGAUGUCCUGCAUGCUACCGCCUUCUUUCUCAGGAAGGAGAGAGUCAAGGGAAGUCUCGACCACUUAGAUGAAGUAGCUGCACUAAUAGCUGCCACCAUUCAUGAUGUAGACCACCCCGGACGGACCAACUCUUUCCUGUGCAAUGCGGGCAGUGAAUUAGCUGUCCUUUACAAUGAUACAGCUGUAUUAGAGAGUCAUCACACAGCACUGGCAUUUCAGCUUACAAUUAAAGACAGCAAAUGCAACAUUUUCAAGAACAUUGAUAGAAAUCGCUACCGGACAUUGCGCCAGGCCAUUAUUGAUAUGGUUCUGGCCACGGAGAUGACGAAGCACUUCGAGCACGUGAACAAAUUUGUGAACAGUAUCAACAAGCCAAUGGCAUCUGAGGAGACCAGUUCACACAGUGAAGGCAGUGACUGUGAAUGUACAGCCAAUAUAAAGAAUUUUCCAGAUAACCAGACACUGAUCAAGCGUAUGAUGAUUAAAUGUGCAGACGUAGCAAAUCCGUGUCGCCCCCUAGAGCUGUGUAUCGAAUGGGCAGGGAGGAUUUCAGAGGAGUAUUUUGCACAGACUGAUGAAGAGAAGAGACAGGGUCUGCCUGUUGUAAUGCCAGUAUUUGAUAGAAACACCUGCAGCAUCCCCAAGUCUCAAAUUUCCUUCAUUGAUUAUUUUAUAACAGAUAUGUUCGAUGCAUGGGAUGCAUUUGCACAUCUGCCUGUUUUGAUGCAACACUUGACUAAUAACUACAAACACUGGAAAACACUGGAUGAAUUAAAGUGCAAGAGUGUCAGGCUCCCAUCACAAAACAACAACUGACACUAAACCAAGAAAACCAGACCUCUUGAUCUACCAGUUUCACUGUGAAUCACUUACAGACGUGGAUACAAGAGGGGUGGCGUUACCUUUCCAGUGAAACUGAGACUUUGUGGGAAGAAGGAAAUACUUUAUUCACUCACUUCUAAGCUUCUCUGAAUCCUAAAGAAAAACGUUUUCAAGAAGGCUACAUAAUCCACAGAUUAAUAAGUGCUCUUUGGAAAUAACAUUUUGUGGCAAAAGAUUUACUUCUGAAGCUGAUUUCUAAUACUGAAUAUACAUCUAUCAAAUCUUGUAAUUGAUACAACUGUAUUCACUAACACUUCAUACAGCUGUUUCUCAGAGGGGUAAUCUCGUCACCAGUAGAGUAAGAAUAGGUUGACAAAUAAGCAUAAAAACUUCCCACUUAUCUAGCGUAAGCUUUCUCCAAUUCUGUUGAUACGGUUUAGAGAGCUGAAGAACAGUUCUAAAAGAGAACGUGCACAGUAGAACAAGUAACCUUGAUAAACAGGACACAGUAAAAAAAACCCCUGCACCAUUUAACAUAAGCUCCUUAUUAUACAGACUUUCUCUUAGAGCACCACUGUUCUUUCUUUUCCAUAUAAAAUCCUGGUAGCAGUCAAAUUCCCUUAAAAU